CUAUUCUCGAAUUGUUCAUUCGAUGCAUCGGCUGACAAAAGCGGUAAGAACUAUUUCUUUUUAAACGCAAUAUUUUACUUUCAUCUAACUUUUGGAUCAACACAGAGGCAAUGUUUAAUCCCAAAGUUAUCAGUGAUUCAAUAGUCAGUAGCUGCGAUCGUUGUCCGCGGUUAAUUGCGUUUGGAAAUGUGCUGUUGGACAUCAGUGUUGAACUACGUGAUGAUAGUAAUAUUCUUCAAGAUUUUGACUUAAAGGAAGAUGAUCAAAGGGAAAUUCCAGCAGAUAAACUGGCCCGGUUGGAGGCGGUCGCUAUAGAAACCUGUGGGAAUCCCAAAUAUAACCCUGGUGGAUCAGCCUUGAACACGUGCCGAAUUUUGCGCGCACUUGGAGAGAAGAAUGUUAUGUUUUGCGGUGCGGUCGGUGCUGAUGAAAAUGGCAAGAUACUUCUGCAGAUUCUGAAGGACAACUCUCUUUGCACUUGUAUUCAGACACUGCCGGAACAUUCCACGGGCACCUGCGUCUGCCUAAUCAGCGGUGAUAAACGGAGUCUUAAUGCCAACAUUGGUGCUUCACUGCACUUUAAAAAGGAAUUUGUUAUGUCCCGUUGGUGCCAGGACAAAAUCGGUCACUGUAAAUCGGCUGCACAUGACUUCAAUGAGGACGUUCGAGUUUUCUACAUCGAGGGUUAUUUUAUACCCGAGAAAUUUGCCAUCUGUCAGUAUAUUUACGAAAAUUACUGUAAGGGAACAGCUAAUCUGUUCGUCACGAAUCUAAACGCUACUUAUAUACUACAAAACUUCACCAAACAAAUGAAAUGCUUGAUAGAGCAGGCAGAUCUAGUGUUUGGCAAUUUGACAGAAUUCGUAACACUAGCAAAGAUAUACGAGUGUGAUAGUGUUGAUGAUUUGAGCAAAAGCUUGAUAAGAAAAUAUCUCAAACUUAAUCGGGAAAAAAUAAUUAUCGCAACUGAUGCUAGUCGCUGCGUUAGGUUUUAUCAUGGCAAUGGCAGUGCGUUCUAUGCUGAAACAUACCAGGUGCCGAUAGUGCCACAGAAGGCCGUCGUUGAUACGACUGGUGCCGGAGAUUCGUUUGUAGCAGGCUUCCUGUACAAAUACUUAAACGGAGAAGCGCCAACGUUAUUAGAUUGCGUUCGAUACGCAAGCAAGGUAGCAGGCAAAGUAAUUCGUCAAGUGGGUUGUAAUUUACCUUCCUCUCUACCGGCAUCGCCCUUGGUGUCACCGAUUUAGAAUUCUGCUUAAUUACUUAAUAAUGCAAACAAACAGUUAUAGGGAUGUGUACUUCUGAUAUUAUUAGGUAUAUAUAAAUAUUCUCGCUGUGGUAUGCCGUUAUAUAACAUUUGGUUAGGUACCUUUUUCAAAGUUACUUCUAUUUUAAUGAACGCUUGUUACAGUAUCAUUGUUAAGGAAUAAAUGAUAAAAAUUUUGAAGGUCGAAAAGAACGUUGCUUAAUUAUUUUGGGUAAAUAUCAGCUGGUUAACUGUAAAAUGAUAGACCAUACAUAAUAAAUAAAAAUAAGAUGUUUUUGUGGAAAUUGUAAUUCAACACAAUAGGGGUCUUCACAUCGAGCUCGUA